AUGUCAUUCGAUCUGGAAAGUUGUGAAAACUCCGAGGCGUCCGGAUGCUCAAUCGAAGACAAACUGCCGACGAAAAACUGUUUGAUACGUGGCAAAGAGGGCGUUUAUGCGGUCGGACGGAAGAUUGCUCAGGGCCGAUACGGAGCAGUUUACGAAGUGCUGCGAAGGGCCGACGGAAAGGCGUUCGCGUGCAAAUUGGAAAUCUGCGAGGCGCACUCGCACGGCCUGGACCAGGACUACAGUGUGAUGAAUAAGGCGGCGAAGCGGGGCGCCGAGCAUCUGGUGCGGAUGAUCGAUCGGGGAAAGAUCGAGGAACAUUUCAAGUUUAUCAUCAUGCCACUGGUGAGUUCCAUUACUCAGAUGGGGAUUGUCCAGUCAGUUUCAGCUCGGAGAAAACCUGAUGAACCUUCGAUUUCUGUUCGAAGACGGCCGAUUCUCCCUGUCCACGGGGCUCCGGCUGGCCCUUUUGGCCAUUCAACCCAUUCAGACUCUCCAUCAACUCGGAUACGUUCACAGAGAUAUCAAGGUAGGGACUAAAUAUCUGAAUUCAAAUUUCCUCGUUUCAUCCGAUCUUUCAGGCCUCCAACUUCUGUCUGGCCUCCCCGCACAGUCAGACUCAGACGCGGCCCGAAGACUUGAAACUCUUCCUCGUCGACUUCGGAAUCUGUCGGUCUUUCAAAGACAAAAGCGGAGAAUUGAAGACGCCGCGCACGGAAAUCAAGUUCAGAGGCACCAAUCGAUACGCCUCGUUGGCGGCCCAUUACGGGGAGGAACAGUCGCCGAAAGACGACAUGGAAUCGUGGUUUUACAUGAUGAUCGAGUUGAUUUCGGGUUAGUUAAUGGGAUACUGGGUUUAUCACAGCUGACAGUGAAGAUAUCAAAAUGAGGUCAACUGAGAAAAUGUACACAAUAUCUUAGUUAGUAUUUUGUUAGUUGAUCACUUUUUGAUAUCUCUACCGGAAACUGAGAUACAUUGUCUUGAAUAAACUUUUUUUUUCUAGGAAAUCUACCCUGGUCAUACAUGCAUCGCGAUCAAAACAAAGAAGUGGCGGCGAUGAAGGAGGCGUGUAGAACUACAGACGGCUCACUGAUAAUGAUGAAAUAUUGUCCGAGGGUAAGCUGCAAAAAGCGAAAAAGUUUCGGUGCCUCAUGCUGGAAUCGAACCAGCGACCUUCUGUUUACUAGACAGACGCUCUGCCACUGAGCCAAUGAGGCGCGUGGCGGGCGCUGGUCACCAAGGCCGUGAUAAACACUGCCAAAUCUCUGAUUUUCAGGUCGAAUUCCAUCGAAUUCAGGCCUAUCUGAUGGGACUGAAAUAUCAGAAUACGGUCGAUUACACGUUCAUUUCGGAGAUGGUCCAAUUGGCGAUGCGGAAUAACGGAGUACGGACCGGCGAGAAGUUCGAUUGGCAGGAACAAUGA